AUGACGACUGCCAAGAUCCGGGACCCCGCGACGUGCGCGGCGCUAGACGAGUUCCACACGCACCAUGUGGAUCUAGAGCUAGAAAUAAACAUGGCUGCGAAACGUGUCACUGGUGUAGCCACUUUGGCCGUCAAGAGGCUCAAUGAGACGGCGACAACUCUGUGUCUGGACGUGUUCCACUUGACCAUCCGCUCGGUAUGCGUCGCCCUGCCUGAAGAGGACACGAUCGCAGCCCAGUGGACCGUCAAGCCCUUCACAGUCUUCGGUGAGAUGCUGGAAGUCGAGCUUCCGGAAGAAUUGGCUCUUGCAGCUGCCUUCGAACUCACGAUCCGCUACGAGACGGACACGGAAAGCCCGGGAGUCUGCUGGCUCGAGAAAGAGCAAACAGCGGGCAAGAAGCUUCCAUUCAUGUACACUCAAGGACAGGAAGUACUCAAUCGCAGUUUCUUUCCGUGCCAGGACUCGCCGUCCGUGCGAGUUACGUACACUGCCUCGGUAGUCGUACCUAAGGAGCUGGUGUGUGUCAUGAGCGCCAAAUUGUGCGGAGUCGAUGACUUUGUACCCGGUGAAGAGGGAGAAAAGGACGUAAUUCCUACUAAGAAGAAGUUCACCUUUGAGAUGAAGCAGUCGAUCCCGGUGUAUUUGGUGGCGAUGGCAGUGGGAGACUUGGUUGAAGCUGAAGUUGGCCCACGGUCGAGUAUUUGGACGGAACCUUCCAUGAUCGAUGCUGCAACGAAAGAGUUUGAUGGUGUGCUGGAGGAAUACCUGACUAUUGGUGAACGCCUAUUCGGGGAUUAUCUGUGGGAGCGCUACGACAUGCUGGUCAUGCCGCCAUCCUUUCCAUACGGUGGGAUGGAGAAUCCAAGACUAACGUUCGUGUCUCCUUGCACCAUUGCUGGUGACAAAUCCCUUGUGUCGAUUGUAGCGCACGAGCUGUCCCACUCGUGGUUUGGUAACUUGGUGACAAAUGCAACGUGGAGCGACUUCUUCCUCAAUGAAGGCUUCACGAUGUACGCUGAGCGACGCAUCACCGAGGUAUCACACGGCAGACCCUUGAGCUGUCUCAAUGCCAAACUUGGGGAAGCACUGUUGCGCGAGGAAAUAUCCUCUCUUGGAGAACAGUCGCCUUUGACACGUUUACGAGUCCCGCUUGACGAAGGAAUUGAUCCAGGUGAUUGCUACAACCAGUGCGCAUACGAGAAGGGCUACGCGUUCGUGUGUUAUCUGCGAAGUCUCGUGGGAUCCGAUACGGUGUUUGAUGAUUUCCUCAAACGCUACUGCGCUGAAUACCGCUUCCAGUCGAUCCCAGCGGAGACUAUGAUCGCCUUUUACCUCAAAAGCUUCCCCGAACUAGCGAACGCUGCUGGGACGGACCUCAAGGACGGGAUUUCCUUCAACACGUGGCUCAACGAGCCAGGUUAUCCACCGUUCACUCCAGAUCUAUCGGACGCCGAAGGAAUCAUGCAAAACUGCGAGUCACUAACAUUCCACUGGCGGUCAUCGUCCACCCCAGUGCAACCAAGUGUGUUGUACCUGUCAGAAGAAGCCAAGCAAUGGGAGGCCCAACCAGUGCUUUAUCUCCUGGAUUGCUGUCUGGAGACGAAAUUUUCAGACGCUGACGUGGUAAUCGCUUUGGGCGACACUCUUUCUCUUUGGGACUCACAUAACUCGGAGAUUCUAUUCCGGUGGGCGCUGGUUCUUAUCAAGAACGACGUCACCACCAAGCUGUCCGUUGUGCACCGGUUCCUGGAGAUGCAGGGCAAGCAGAAGUUCCAGCUCCCAAUCUACCGCUUGCUGACAGCAAGCUCCAACGAAGAAGUGCGCAAAUUCGCUGUCGACACCUACACUGCGACGAAAAAUAUGCUUCACGUCAUGGUGCGCGACCGCAUCGAGUUGCUACUUGCCGCCAUGCAAAAAUAA